AUGGUUCAGCGAGUUUACCAGGCUUGGCCCUGGACUGGGGGAGCUCGCUCAGCUCUCUUUAGAGCCAGCUGCUGAUAGCCGGGGAGGCCUGCUCUUCUGACCCAGCUGAGUUUCUAUAUACCUAAGCAACCUGGAUCCAACUGUCCAGCUGAAUCCACGUUAAGUCUCCUUAAGGAUCCUGGUAGCAGCAUCCAGCUCCGCCAGGUAGGUGGUAAGCUCUUGGGGUCCUGGCUGGUCUAUGGGCUCCUUCUGGCCGUCCCACCGCUGGCCGGCCUCAUGUCAGCAUCCUAGGCUGGAAUGCUCUUAAUGUACGCAAUGGAUUAAGGUGGCUCUGCCCUCCAAGCUGCACUAUGAUGAUCUCAGAGCCUUACUGGGCACACUGCCUCACUGUAGCAUGGAUUUGCCUUGCUAAGCCUUGCCUGAGCCCCUCUCUCUUGUGCAAGGGCACGUUGGUGCCAUUUCUCAAUGAUAUUUAUUAGAGUCCAGGAAGGCUGUUGGAGAGCUGCUUCGAGCAAAUGUGUUGACUCUUGGUGUGGGAUGGGUGUCACUGUUGCCAGCAAUGCCCUGCCGCUGUCCUGAGACCGACGCACCUUCUGGGAUGUGACACCAUUUCCCUGUCAGGAUGCUCACUCACUGCUGCUUUUAUUCUGAUCCCUGAGUGCAUUCACCUCAGUUCCCGCUGGGGCCGGGUUAUUUCUAAAGUGCUCCAAGGACGCGGGUUGUUGUUGCCGAUAAGCAGAAAUGGGCAGCUCCGCCCCAGCAGGGACAUUUCGUCAGCUGGCGUCAACAUCCGCCCCAGAAAACAUCUUCCUUUCUGGAGGAGUUUCGCUCUUGCAAAUUCGCAGCAGACCCGGUUGCGAUACCCAUGAUGCUGUUCUUGCAGUGUGUGGGGCAAGGCUGGCCCCCGCCACGGUGCAGGAACAAACCUUGGGUCCUUCUCCAGUGCAGGGUGAUGAUGUACGCAGUGCUGGGACUGGGGUUCCUGCUGGUGGGGGGGCUCCCCCAGCCCUGCCCUCCAUCCUGCCAGUGCUACGACGUCUCCAAAGUCUUCUGCUCGGAGGAGAGGAUGCAGGAGAUCCCCGCGGGCCUCCCGGGGAACGCCACUCAGCUCUUCUUUGUGGAGACGGCCCUGAGCAGCCUCCGCAGUGGGGUCCUGGGCUCCAGCACCACUCUCACCAAGCUGGUUUUCCUUAACAACAACAUCCAGGUGCUGGAGGCUGGGACAUUUCAGGGGCUGCCCAACCUCACGGAGCUGGAGGUCUCAGGCAACCCACUGUCGGCAGUCAGCCCCAGGCUCUUGGCUGGCCUGCCCAGCCUCAGCAAGCUCUCCCUGGGCUCCAACACCAUCCGCUCCCUGGAGCCAGGGCUCUUCAGUGCCGUGGGUUCCCUGCAGGACCUGCGUUUGCGGAGGAACAAGAUCGAGGCACUGCCCCCCGAGAUCUUCCGCCCGCUCUGGCGCCUCCAGACCUUGGACCUCUCCCAGAACGCCGUGGCCGAGCUGCCGCCCGGGCUUUUCGCCCCCCUCACCUCCCUCCGUGUCCUGAAGCUGAGCGACAACCUGCUGACCCGGGUGCCACCCGAUGCCUUUGGCGGCCUGGUUUUUUUCAGGACAACGUACCAGCAUCUCCUUUUCCUUCUCGUCCUCUCCUUCCAUCCCGAUAAAUGCCAAGAGCAAGCCUUGAGUGAAGAUCAGUAUGAAACCCCCAAAGAUUAUCAGGAGGUCUACAGAGGGAGCAAAAAUGAUGUCAAAGAGAUCCCAGAGACUGCAAAGCCCUUCAUUUCUGAGAUGAUCUUUGUGCAGACCAGCAUCACUGCUAUAAGGAAAGGUGCCUUCAGAUACAUGCCCACCCUGAUCAAAAUUCUGUUUAUUGGCAACAAAAUCAAGACAGUUGAACCUGGAGCCUUUGACGGUUUGGAGAAACUGAGGGAUUUGGAAAUCUCUGGUGCCUUGUUAGAAGAACUAGCUGUGGGUACUUUCCAAAACCUCCCAAGCUUGCAGAGAUUGGAGCUGAGAGACAGCCACAUCACACAGAUCCCCAAAGGACUGUUUGAUGGGCUAGAAAAUUUGGGAGAGCUCUCUCUUCACAUCAAUGCAAUCUCUUCUCUUCCAGAAGGUAUCUUUGAUUCUCUUGCCAACCUAAAGUUUUUGGACUUGGCUAGAAAUAGGAUCAGGGCUCUUCCUGGGGACGCCUUUAGCAAACUCCCCCAGCUGCAAGUCCUCCGGCUGUAUGAGAAUGAGCUACAGGACCUCCCAGAGGGGUUGUUGGAUGGUCAGCCAGGGCUGCUGGAGCUCAACCUCCAGAGAAACAGACUCAGGGUGCUGCCACCCACGCUCCUGAAGAGCCUGCCCCAUCUGGAGAAACUCCUCUUGGACAACAACCUCUUCUGGAUUCUCCCACCUAAGGGCUUUUUUGGUUUAAAGAAAUUGAAGCUGCUGACACUGGGUUCAAACCACAUUGUGGAGCUUCCCAGUUGCCUUUUUGAUGUCAUGCCACAGCUCCGGGAGCUGGACCUGGGCAGGAACAGUUUGGCCACACUUCCAGAUGGCAUCUUUGUCAGCCUCACAUCUCUCAACAAACUCGUGUUGUCCCAGAACAAGCUUGCAGUCCUACCAAGAGGAGUCUUCACUGGGCUCAGCAAGCUCUCAGACCUCCAGCUGGACACAAACCAGCUCUCUGCUCUGGACAGUGAGGUCUUUGUUUCUCUCACAAAUCUGAAAAUACUCAACCUUCGAAAGAAUCAGCUGGAAAGUGUCCCCCAUGGGCUCUUGGACCCCUUGGGGAGGCUCAGCUCACUGUAUCUCAGUGGGAACCCAUGGAGAUGUGACUGCAGCCUUUGCUACCUGCAUAGCUGGAUCCAGGGCAACGCUGAGAGGGUUCAAUUGCCCACCCAAGUGGCAUGCAAGAGUCCACGCCACCUGGUGGGGCAAGCAGUAAUGUCACUAAGGGAUGACCAGUUAAUUUGCCCAAAUACUCUGCCUCCUUCAGCUUCUUUCACUCCACCUCUGCUGUUCACCUCCUUGUCAUCACAAGGGACGUCAACUAUGCUGUCACCCAGGGCCUUCCCAAUCUUAUCCCUGCCAACCAUGCCAUUGCCUGUGGCCACCUCCACCAUGUCGCCAACUGUGCCGCCAGAGGCCUCCACCAAUGCUCCAUCAACAACCAUAUCCCCAGAGGCCCCCAUCACCAAAUCAUCACCAGCUGUGCCGCCCGAGACCUCCACCACCACCCCAUUACCGACUGUGCUGACAGAAGCCUUCAUCACCACCCCGUCAUCAGCUGUACCGCCAGAGGCCUCCACCACCACUCCAUCGCCGACCAUGCCGCUGGAGGCCUCCACCACCACCCCACCGCCGACCAUGCCGACAGAAACCUCCAUCACCACCCCAUCACCAGCUGUGCCGCCGGAGGCCUCCAUCACCACCCCACCGCCCACCGUGCCACUGGAGAUCUCCAGCUUCACUCCAACACCACCUGUCAUAAGCCUACAGCUUCCUGGAGUCACCACUGUGGAGCCCAUACCAUCCACACCAGCUCCUGCUGCCACACUAGUGUCAGCCACCCCCGGCCACCCCUCGACAAAUGCCAGCUAUUCCUCUAACAUCCAUGCAGAGGCCAGCAGCCAGCCCUCUGGGGACUCUCAGCAUCUCCCUUGCCUCAAGCUCCCUACCAGCGCUCCAGCCACCCCGCAGGGCUGCUGUGCCGGGUAUGGCCACACUGGCAUCACACCCACCAUCUGCCCAAGCCUUUGA